GAGGGAGCGUCCGCGGCCCGCGCUGAGCCGCGCACCAAGCCGAUGGCGUGGACGCAGCCGGCCUCCGCGGUCUGCGUGCCGGCAGGCGCGCGUGGGCGUGUCUCUCUGGCCCACGCGUGUCCCCGGCAUCAGUGUCUCGGCUCUGGUCCAGGACGAAGACUUCUGAAAGCGAGCCAAGGAGAAUCACAGUUUGUAAUGGAGCCCCUGACUGCCUGGUGGAAGGAGGUGAUUCAGAAGACAGCAAGCCUCUCAAUAGAACAUUUCUUCCUGAACAAAUCUAUCAGUGCAGUUCAGACUCCGGAAGAAAAUUACCUCUCAUGGCAGAGCCUUCACUGUGCGGGGGAUAUCAGAUUUGUGGAAAGAAGGCAUGAUGUCACUGUUUUGUGCUGGCUGUCCUGGAACUCAGAGACCCACCUCUGUCUCCUGAAUGUUGCAAUUCUUGCCCAAGAUGUUACCAUGUUACUGUUUCUGAAACCCAAGGAAGAUUUGUCUGCAGUACCGGCUCUGGAGAGACACCCCAGAAGCAUGAGGCUCCAGCUGCCGGGCGCUCAAAGUUCUUCUUGGCCACAUUGACAGGAAUCAAACUUCAGAACAAAGCAGUGGAGUCUAGCAAUAUUUCCAUUCUGAAGACAGGAACAUGAGACCAGGAGAAAGACAAGUAAAUGAAGAUGAGAGGUCAAACAACUCAUCCUUGCAGUUGCCCUAAAGUUCUCCUUGUCUGCCUGUCUCUUUGUGGAGCUGCCUAUGGAGCAAAGUAGCUGUGCAUGCUAGAGUGAUUAAUUUCACUUUCAGUGCCUUCCUUCCCUAGUGGAGUGCUUCUGUGGAGACUCCCAAGUCAGUGAAACCUGUUUAGGGGAUCAUCCCUGCUAGACAGACAGCUGCGAGAGGGCAUUCGCUUCCCAGCAUGGAUUUCAGAUUAUGGCCAAUCAAGAGCUGGGGCUGUGGAACACCUGUCAGCGACACUGGCUACGAGGAGACUAGCUCUUUAAUCGAAUUUCAUUGUACUUCAGAAAAAGGUUUAUUUUCAAUGUGGCGUCUGCUUUUAUGAUUCAUCCCUCUCAGCUGAGACAUCAAUUUGGGGCUUAUUUAUGGUGUUGUUCUAGAGUGAAACGAGAAGCAGCAAGGACGGGCUUCAGAAGACAGCCUUUCCCAGGCGGUCAGUGUGCAGCCUUCUCAUGUGGGAAAAAUAGAAAAGAAAUCUAAAACUUUAGUUUUGAAGUUCUGUGUGUGAAUAUAAUUAGUGAUAGGGGUUCUUUUGAGCACACUUUCAGAAUGUCGAAGCCGGAGAGUUCGUGUUCAUGGUGAAGUCUGGGGAACUUUCCUUGUGGAAAUCUGUUCCGCUUAUCUGUGAGCAGCACAACCAUCAUUGAUGCUGCUGGGUUCCGAAAGGCCAUGCGCAGCUUUCAACUGGGCCCUAAUUGGAGGACUGCUAAGCCCAUAAUACCAGGUACUUCCUCACAGCUGCAGUGCAUGGAGUGUGACUAUCAGAAGACAAACUUCACUGUGCACACUGUAAUUUAAUGGUAUAACUAUGUGCAGCCCAGAAUAUCAGUUAAUUUUCAAAACAUUUUAUUCUACAGCAAUUAGCUCAGGUCCUGGAGGGCAAAAUGACAAGAGGUUAC